AUGCCCAAGAGUUGUGAUCACUCUCAAAUUGAACUGGAUGCUUCUACUGGCAUGUCGUUGGUUGUGAUUCAAGACCUUAGCGGGGGAAAAGAAAAUGUACCCGUGCGAGCCGAAUGGCACGAUGCAGAUGGUAUUCAGUCAAAUGCGUCACCUUCCCCACCGUUCCGUGCUUUCCAGUACAUAACCCGUAACCUUAUUCCACCACAAGCAGCUGAGCCGUUUUAUGAUGGCUGCACUUGCCAGCAUAGCUGCCUGGACAUGCCGAGUGCAUGCGCCUGCACAACCACUCACGCGCCCGCCUACACGCAGAUGGGCUUUCUGAAGCUGGAAACCCCACCUAUUUACGAGUGUAAUUCAAACUGCACAUGCCCACGGACCUGUUCCAACAGGGUCGUGCAACACGGGUUAAAAGCACCAUUGUGUGUUUUCAAGCACGAUUCGAAUAAGGGAUGGGGGGUGCGUGCGUUGAGUGUCAUACUAGCUGGAGCAUUUGUUACAGAGUAUGCUGGAGAGGUUAUAGGAACGAAAGAGGCAGAGAGAAGGUGGAUUGAAAUGAAGAAGACUGGAUCGUCAAAUUACAUCCUAUGUCUACGAGAAUACGGGCCAGAUGGGCAAGUAUAUCGCACAAAUAUUGAUCCGUUAAGGUUUGGUAACGUCGCCCGUUUCAUAUCGCACUCCUGCAGUCCCAAUCUAGGCAUGCACAUCGCGCGCAUAGAUUCCAUAGUACCUUCUGCAGCGCUCUUCGUAUUACGGGACAUCCAGCCGGGCGAAGAACUCACCUUCGAUUAUGGCGGAUCCGCCUCCCUGAAUUGGGCAGAGAGCGGCGAUGGAGUGAUAGAAAAUGCCCACGACGGGAGAAUAGAAUGUCUCUGUGGAUCGUCCAAUUGUCGCGGAUAUUUACCAUAUGAUCCGGCACUUUGAUCAUUCCUGGAAUGAGAAGACGGACACGCCGUGAUAUGCAGAUACUGACAGAGUACGUAGUGCAUGAGACAAAUUCACAACCCGGCUGAUCAGCUAUACCCGAAGACUAAAUAGGGCAUCAUAGUCCGGCUUGCCCCCUAUCCCCUUCUUCCAUGUUGGAUUGGCAUUUGAACAGAUUGUACGCGGAAUAAUUCUUAAAAAGUACGUUCAGACAAUCUGACUGAGCGGAAUCCAUAGUGAAAGAUAUCAGUAGAUUGAUGGAACAGUGGGGACAAUGUGACUGGGAGCGAAGUAGGUACUUAGCUUUGUAGCUCUGUAGGGACGGGAGUAUUGUCAGCCGGAGAUCUAAUACAGGUUGAG